GUGAUGAGCUCACAAAGAUCUUUAAUCUCCUUUCUGACCAAAACACUGCCACACUAGUGGCAUCAAGGGCUUUUAUAGCCCAAAGUGAGGAUUCCUCUUCUCUAUACCCCUAUAUCUACUGUUCACUACCGUCUUCAUCCCCCCUCCCCCCUACUCUCUCUCUCUCUCUGAAAGAAUUGUUGGAAAUUUACUUGUACUCCUCUUGACUCUAUUCUUGUUCGACUGGGUACUAAUCCAGUUGUCAAUUAUCUCUGUGGAAAGAGGGUAGCGCAGAGAUGGGUUAGGCUAAAUCGGAGAUGGGUUUAGAGUUCUGGGUCUAGUUUGGUUUUUCCGAUUAGGGUGAAUGGAAUCGGAUGGGUUGAAUGGCAAGGCCUUGUGGGAGAGGCAGAAGAGAGAGACUAGGGGGGAGAUACAGAAGCAGCACCAUAAGCAAGAUAAGAUUGGAAAGAAGAGAGAGACUAGGGAGGAGAAAACCCAUUAAGAGAGAGUCUUCUCAAUCGAAAGCUGGAACAGGACAAGCACAACAAGGGUCUGAGUCUGGAUCCUCAGAGCAUUCAUCAUCAUCAUCAUCAUCUUCAACAUCUUCAGAACCAGAACCAAGUUCGAGCUUCAAGACAUGUAGAAGAGGAAGGAGAAGAUGAAGAUGACCAGGACACGGUUGAAAAAGAACAGCCACAAGCCUUCUAUGGACACCACCAUCACCAUCUUCAACACCAGCUCUUGUAUGAACAAUUAGACUCACCACCACCACCUCUACCACCACGCAAGAAACUCUCUUACUUUCCUUCUUGCUCAUCGGUGGAGCAAAACUCCGAAUAUGCAAAAUUGGGCGAAAAAAUGGGAGACGCUCAUUACCAAGACCACCACCAGCAACGGCCCCGGACAACAUCGUCGAGAUUGGGGCUAAGAAACUCCGGCGGCGAGAUCGUGGAAGUUCAAGGCGGUCACAUUGUUCGGUCCACCGGCCGAAAAGACAGGCACAGCAAAGUCUGCACCGCAAAAGGCCCGAGGGACCGUCGAGUCAGGCUCUCAGCCCACACCGCCAUUCAAUUCUACGACGUCCAGGACCGCCUUGGCUACGACCGCCCGAGCAAAGCCGUGGAUUGGCUCAUCAAAAAGGCCAAAGCGGCUAUAGACGAGCUUGCGGAGCUACCCGCAUGGAAACCCACCAUUGGUUCAACAGGAAAUUCAAUAUUUGAAGACAACCAAGCCCAAAGACAGCAUGAAGAUCAUCAUCAGCAACUUCGUCUCCACCACGACGAUUUGGUGGACUCCAUUGCUGGUCCUUCGAGCAAUAGAGCAGUAACUAUGUUAGGGACUGGUAAUCAGAAUCAACAGCUAGAAAUGAAUAACAAUAGAAGCAAUCCAGGCCAUGAGAAUAGCUCUAGUUUCUUGCCACCAUCUUUGGAUUCUGAUUCUAUUGCUGAUACUAUCAAGUCUUUCUUCCCAAUGGUUGCUUCAACGGCGACUAAUUCAUCCGCAAUUCCGUUUCAUGGCUUCCCAUCAUCGGAUUGCAAUUUGCUGUCCAGAACCAGUAGUCAGAGCCAAGAUCUGAGGCUCUCACUUCAAUCUUUUCAAGAUCCAAUCCUUCUCCACCACCAUAACCAACAAACCCAGCACCAACAUUCCACAAAUCAGAAUGAACAAACCCUUUACUCUGGAACAACCCCAUUUGGGUUUGAUUCGGGCUGGUCUGAAAAUCAGCAUACGGAGAUUGGUAGGUUUCAGAGAAUGGUGGGUUGGAAUGCCGGUGGAGACACCGGUACUGGUGGUGGAGGUGGAGGAUUUGUAUUCAAUUCGCCGCCGACGCCGCCGUUUCUGCAGCCGUUGUUCGGCCAACCACAGAUGUUUUCUCAGAGGGGACCCCUUCAGUCCAGUUACACACCUUCGAUUCGUGCUUGGAUGGACCCAUCCGCCAUUGCUAUGAGCACCACUGAUCAUCAUCGUCACCAACAGCUUCAUCAAACAGUACUACCCAUCCAUCCAUCUUCGAUAUCUGGAAUUGGAUUUGCCUCUGGAGUUGGCGGAUUCUCCGGGUUCCGUAUUCCAGCACGAAUCCAGGGUGAAGAAGAGGAACACGACGGCAUUUCCGACAAGCCGUCCUCUACUUCCUCCGAUUCACGCCAUUGAUUUAGCUCAAAAACUAAAACUCUCUCUAUCUAACAGGACUUAAUCCAUGGUCUACAAGAGCAACCAAGAACUACCAGUUGUUGCCGUUAUAGCUCUUAACUGGGUUCAACCUGGCAAAGGGGAGAGUUUUCAGUCAGCUCAAUCCAAUGGCUGCGACCGCUAGUAGAAGAAUUCUGAAUAUAGUUCAGGUUUUCUGAUUGCGUUUAGCUGUUUGAUGUUACUUAUGUCUAUGUUUUAACUUCUGCUUUCAAUUUGAGUGAGCUUUCACUGCUCAACUUUGUGACUCUGGGUUGCUUUGUGUUUCUGUUGUUAGACAUGUGAUUUUAUGACUGUUUGCUUAAUUGUGGAGUGUUCUUGAGUUAGGACUAUUGAAAAAGACAGUUUGUUGCGUCGAAGUUUACAAACUGGCUCACACUGGUUUCUCUCAGACAUGGCAAUUCUUGAUAGAGAAAUGCCAGAUAAUUCACUCGUCAUUUUGGUAUCAAAUUGUGUAGUGAUAAUGAUUUGAGCUUUGUGUUGAUUGCUUAAAUAAAAUAUUGAGCUAGAGUGA